AUGUACAGCUUCUUAUUACAAUUUUUCCAUUUAAUUAAUGCAUAUGAAUCGUUAAUGCAGGACAACGUUUGUGAGCAACGGUUGUCUGAUACAUCAUGGAAAUGGAUUCAACAAAAUACUUUUACGCGUUGGGUAAAUCAAAAAUUAGAACCUGCGAAUAUUACUAUUACUGAUUUGGAAACUGAUUUCGAAGAGGGUUUAACACUGAUUCGUUUGGUAGAGGUAUUGUCUGGUAGGUCACUUGGUCGAUACAGUAAAAAAGUCACUUUCCGGCACCAAAAAUUAGAAAAUAUAUCGCUCGCACUUCGUUUUUUGGAAGAGGAGGAGCACAUAAAAAUUGUUAAUAUUGACAGUUCAGCUAUAGUAGACCGUAAUUUGAAGCUGAUUCUGGGUCUUAUUUGGAAACUUAUUCUUCAUUAUUCUAUUUCAAAGCAAGUUUGGGAUGAUAAUGCAGUUAGUAUGACAGAAAGUGAGGAUAUUUCACCAAAGGCGAAGCUUAUGAUGUGGCUCAAAGGAAAAUUGCCAACAGGACUUCCUUUUACCAAUUUUACAUCUGAUUGGAAUGAUGGAAUCCUUCUCGGUGCUUUGGUUGAUUCAUGCAUACCUGAGUUGCAAGUUAACUGGCAAAACUGGUUACCAUCACAAGCUUUACAUUCAACUCGAACAGCAAUGAAUCUUGCAAAAGAGUAUCUGAAUGUUGCUCCGCUCAUCGCCCCUGAAGAACUGAUCAGUCCAGCAGUUGAUGAACGAAGUGUGAUGACAUAUGUUUCUCAGUUUCUCGGAGCAAAAUAUACACCUUUGAUGGGUUACCUUUCCAAUGUGAACGUUACACCAAUAGUUGGUGCUAACACAGAAUUCACGCUUCAAAUGCGAGAUUCAAUGUUUAUUCCAGAAAUACAUAUUAGAGGACCUGAUGACUCAUUAAUAUCGCAUACCCAGUGUAAAACAUCAGAAACCAUGUGGAACUUUGUAUAUAAGCCAGAAAUUACUGGCAAAUAUGAGAUUGUGGCAACGAUUCGUGAUAACGCAACAUGUAGGUUAGUGCAGCUUGCGUGUCCUGAAAUAAAUGCUGUUGAAGGUGUGCGCUUACUAUAUCAUAAACAUGUAUCACUAGGUAAAUCAGUUGAGUUGAAGAUUGAAAACGCGAGGAAAGACUUUAUUGAGGUUGUAAUAAUUGCUCCUGAUCACCAAGUAUUCGUAAUACCAAUGUCUCAUAAUAUUGUUCGCAAAGGUUCAUUUACACCAACAAAGGAAGGUUUGCAUGAAGUGAAUAUCCUACAAAAUGGAAAAGAAAUUAUUGGUUCUCCGUUUCCUCUCGUAGUAAUUUCGAAAGCACUAAUGAAUGUGUGGGGUCGUGGUUUAGAACCAGAAGGCAUCCAAGUUGGUGAAGAAGUGAUAGUCUGUGCAAAUUACAAUAAAAGCAUUUUGGAAGCUCCACGUCUGGUAGUAAAGAACCCAUGCGGUUUUUCAGAUGAUCUUUCAGUACCAGUUGAUGAGGAGGAAAGUCUGGAUUGCAAAAUUUUUAAAUAUCAGCCGCAAGAACCUGGAUCUCACACAAUUGCUUUAUUAAUAGGUGAGGAUCACAUCGAUAGAAGUCCAUAUAAGGUAAUGGUAAUAUCAGAAAACAAAUUAAGAGCACGAGCAUUUGGACCUGGUCUAGAUGGAGGCUUUGCAAAUUUACCGAACGUCUUCUUCAUUGAAACAUUCAGUCGUAAUUUCGAUCACAUUGAUGUCGACGUCAGCGGGAGCCCUUGGAUAACAGAACAAAAUUUUAUGAAUCCAACCGUGGAAUUAAAAAGCAAUCAAGAUGGUUCAGCAGUUGCUAGUUUCACUCCUCCUGUACCCGGAGUUUAUACCGUGAAGGUUUGCGUAACUGGUCAGCACAUUCGGGGUUCGCCAUUUAUAGUUCCAGUUCAGCAAGCUGAUGAUGAUUUUAAAGUAAUUAAUAUGCGUUUAACUGGUAUUAAACAGGAUCUUACUAUCUUGAAAGGGCAGAAUGUGAUGUUUGGGAUCAAUUCAAUUGAUGACAAAGUGUUGCCUGAGCCUAAAAUUAAAGUGUUGGAUGAAAACAACCAAGAAAUGUCUGUGACAUUAACAGAAAGGAUGCCAGGACAGUAUGAAUGCUCGUUCACGCCCGAAAUGGCUGGUCGAUAUUAUAUCCUGGCAUCGGUUAAUGGUGUUGCUGUUCCUGGAUCACUUGAUGUGGUCUGUUUGCAGCUAACAAUAUCAUUGACAGUUACUUUUAUACAGGUAGUAAUCAAAAAAUUAUUGGAUGUAAGCUGCUUUCUCAUAUAUGGAACUGGUAUUGGACGUAACAUUUCUGUGAGUAAACCAGCAACGGUUAUCAUCGAUCCACAGGAAGAUGAUGUGAAGCCGUAUCAUCUACAAAUAAUUCAUCAGAACGGAAAUAAAAUCCAUUUACAAACGAUGAAUGAAGAGAAUGGAACUAUUAGAGUGGAUUACAUUGCUCCAGAAGCAGGUCAGUAUGAGUUGAUCUUAUUUCAUGAUGAUUUGGAAUUGCUCAGGAAAAUCAUCAACGUUAAGCCAAUUGAUCUUUCAUCAUUUGUGAUCAAUGGUUUAGGUGAAGAAGCAGUUGUUGCUGGAAUCACAAAACAAAUUUUUAUUAGUACUGGUAAUUUAGUACCUCUUGGAAAGGGCUUGGAGGUUAUUGUGAAAGAACCUAACCGGUCAGGUUAUGUGUUGCCUCUUAAAUAUGAUGAGAACAGAGUCGCCUACAAAGGCAUGUGGAUUGCGACAAAUAUUGGAAAAACGGUGAUUACUUAUUUUUUUGAUGAAAAUUUGGUUCAUGAAACACAUGUUACUGUGUCGCCAAACGAAUAUGUGAUAAGAUGCAGGGCUUGGGGAGAUGGCCUUCAACGUGCAAUUGUUGGUAUGCCGGCAAAUUUUCAAGUUUACACGCGGGAUUCUGGAAAAGGUAGGUUGAAAGUGGCCAUUAGAGGACCGUCAGAAUCGGAGACUAACGUUACUGAUCAUUCUGAUGGAUUGUGCACAGUAAAAUAUGUUCCUCAAUUACCAGGAAUAUAUGAAAUAAGCAUUCAUUUCGGGGAUAACGAAGAUCAUAUCCCAGGCUCGCCUUUCUCUGUAUCUGUCGAUUACAAGUAUGAUCCGUCGAAAAUAUUGAUUAGUGGAUACAACAAUGGAUAUGCACAAGCAGGUGUAUCUACUUCAUUCAUAGUUGAUGCAACGCACACUGCUUUAGAGCCUAUCACUGCAAGAUUGCCUGCUGGUUGUGAGCAGCCAUUAGUUGAGGAAAUUAAACCUCGAAUAUAUAGAGUAACAUUCACACCUAGUCCUGAAAAGGAUGGGUUACUGCCAUUAGAAGUUUUAUAUGGCGACCAGCUUUUACAUGGAAGACCGCUUGACUUUACUGUGCAACAAGAAAAGGAAUCACAGUUGGUAAUUUUGAAAGAUGAAACUGGCGCUGCUCUUCGUUCUUCUAUACCAGCAUCUCUUCGAUAUGGCGUUAUUAUUGAUGCAUCGAAAGUUAUUAAUGUCCAAAAAUUGGAAGUUGAAAUCAAGGCAGGUCCCGAUGGCAAGUUUCGUAAGUCAGCUUUCAUUGAAACUGAUGAAAGAGUUUAUUUAUUGGAUUUAAUCCCGGACAUGAUUGGCACAUAUGUUAUAAUAGUAUAUGGUGAUGGAAAGCCGUUACAUCCAUUGCCUUAUGAGUUGAAUGCUACCUCUGUUGGUUCAGCAGAAAAAUGUUACAUAGAGCGCAAACCAAUGGACAAAAUUUGGAUUGUUGGGGAGUCAAAAACUUUCAAGGUUAACGUGUGUUAUGGAGGGGAUGGGACUUUAAGCAUUGCUUCUGAUAGAGAAGAUUUGGAAAUUGAUGUACAAGAAGAAGGCAAAGGUUAUUAUUUAGUGACAUUUACACCACGCAAAGAAGGGUCUUACCAAAUCGCAUUGUUAUUUGGAGGUGUUGCUAUACCAAGUGGGACGUUUAACUUUCAGUGUGUGCCACCUGUUGCGGAAAAACCAAAUGCAUUAUUAUCAGAUUCUGGGGAAUGUUUAGAUAAUAUUGAAGAACGUUUGAUUCCUCGCACUUUUCGUUUCUCAGUCACUUCUAAAUAUCAUUUUGAGAAACUAAGUGCGUAUGUAAAAAUGCCGUCGGGCAAGACUGAUGCUGCACGUAUUAAGGACAACAGGGAUGGAACUGUGACAGUAACAUAUGAACCGAAGGAAUGUGGAAAUCAUCUACUUUCAGUCCAGCACGAUGGAGUUAACAUGUCCGGAAGUCCUAUUUCAUUUUAUGUCAGUGAUGCUCCUGAUGGAUAUGUCACUGUGUAUGGUCCCGGUUUAUCACAAGCAGUAGUUGGGGAACCAGCACCUUUCACAGUUUGUGCUAAAGGUUCACCAGCUAAAGAAUUAGCGGUUGCAGUUGAAGGAACUGCUAAAGCAACAAUCAGGUGUCAUGAUAAUAAGGAUGGCACAUGUUCCGUAGCAUGGAUACCACCUGUUCCUGGUGAAUAUAGAGUACACGUCAAGCUGUCUGGAGAACCUGUAAAAGGUUCUCCAUUUGUUGUGGUAGUAGCUGGUGAAGGUCAAAAACGUGCACAUUUAUCAGUUGGAUCUACUUCAGAGGUCUCGUUAAAUAUUGCAAAUAAAGAAAUCAAAGGAUUAUCAGCAUCAAUAAAAAGUCCAAGUGGCAUCGAAGAACCUUGUUUUAUUCGUCAGAUCGAUUUUGAUCAUAUAGGUGUUUCAUUUACGCCACGUGAAGAAGGUGAACAUUUGAUUACUGUUAAGAAAAAAGGCGUUGUGGUACCAAAAUCACCGUUCCACAUAAACGUUGAUUCAAGUCAAGUCGGAGAUGCUUCUAAGGUUGUUGUUAGUGGUACUGGCAAAGCGGAUGCGAUUUGUCAGCAAUACAACAGUGUGAUGAUCGAUACCCGUGGCGCAGGCUAUGGUGGCUUAUCGGUAUCAGUAGAAGGACCAUCAAAAGCAGAGUUGAAAUGUACUGAAGCGAAUGAAGGAUUGAUUAACAUUGUCUACAAGCCAACUGAACCUGGACUUUAUGUUUUAUCCAUUAAAUUUGCAGAUGUACACGUCAAAGAUAGUCCGUUUACAGUACAUUGUGUCGGUAAAGGAUUGGGAACUGUAAAAAUGAGUGCAACAAAAGAAGUGAAUCAAGCGCCGAUAGUCAUACCGCAUCAGAUAGCCGCCUUAUAUUUACGAUUGGAAAACACAUCUCCAAUAGAAACAACAGCGAAAGUUUUGGAUCCUGAAGGUCGUAGCAGUGAUGUUGAAGUUCGUGAUCUUGGGGACAACUUGUAUCAAGUGAAAUUCAAACCUGAAGUAGAUGGUGCGCAUGCUAUUUCUGUUUUCAGCAAAGGGCAGCAUCUUACAGGGAGUCCUUUUCAAUUCACUGUCGGACAUAUGACAGAAAUGGGAGCACAUAAAGUGCGCGCUGCAGGAAUUGAAUUACUUCGAGGUGAAACAAAUAAGAAACAAUCUUUCAAUCUCUAUACUAGAGAAGCGGGACGGGGCGAACUACAAGUGGCAAUAGAAGGUCCUUCAAAAGCAAAUCUGCAGUUCCAUGAGCAUAAGGAUGGAAAUUGUCAUUUCGAUUACGAAGUCAGUAAACCAGGAGAGUAUAUGAUCACGAUAAAGUUCAACAGUGAACACAUACCAGACUCGCCAUUCAAAGUUUUCGUCGCACCUACAACUGGAGAAGCUCGCCGACUUGAACUGGCUUCCUUUCCAGAUUCUGGUAUGCCUGGUAAGGCAUGUACUUUCACAGUGCUUACGCAUCAUGCCUCAGGUCAUCUCGAGGCAAAAGUGCAUACGCCAAGCAACAAAAUAGAAACCAUUGAUAUCGUUCCAAUUGACGAAGGAGAAUCAUAUGCUUUGCGGUUCAUUCCGUUGGAGUCAGGAAACUAUUAUGUUGAUGUGACACUUGAUGGGGCGCCAAUGCGUGAUUCACCAUUUCGUUUACGUAUUGGAACCAACGAUGGUAAUGAUCCGACUGCAAUAACAGUGAAUGGUGAUGGAAUUCAUGGUGGGCAAACUGGUCAGAGAUGCGAAUUCAUUAUUAAUACUUGCAAUGCAGGAAAAGGCCUUCUUGAAAUUCAGGUUGAUGGGCCUUCAAAAGUUACUUUGGAUGCAUAUGAAAUGGAUCAAGGAUACAAAGUGCAAUAUAUGGCAUUAGUACCUGGGGCAUAUUAUGUUGCCAUAAAAUACUCAGGUGUCCACGUACCCGGCUCACCUUUCAAGAUAAUCAUUGCUGGUAAGGAACUUGGUGGUGGCGAGCCAGAUACCUCAGUUAUUAAGAUUGAUGCAUUGGAAAAAACAAGUGAAGGAACGGUUUCUCAAGUUCCAGUUUUAAAUGGAGAUGCUAGCAGAGUUGUUGUAAAGGGUGCUGGAUUAAAUAAGUUCUUCCCCGGUAGACCAGCCACUUUCACUAUUGAUACUGGCCUUGCAGGUGAAAAUCUUCUGUUCGUUGGAGUACUUACGGCAAAGGGGCCAUGUGAAGAGGUUACAGUACGGCAUCUUAGCGAUGGCAAGUAUGCAGUGACGUAUCGUAUUCAGGAGAGAGUUAAGGGUUUUAUUUUUGUCAAAUAUGGGGAAGCAAAUGUGCCAGGCUCUCCAUUUGCUAUUUCAUUUUAA